CCAAAUGACAUGAAGAUGCUUGCCAUGUUGGCAGGUGAAUUAACUAUUAGUGCUAAGUAUUUCUCACCCUUUGCUAAUGUUUCAUUAGCUGAUUGUAGGGAUGUCAAGGGUACAUUUGGAACUGAAAGUUCAAACAAGUGGAAGCCAUGGAGUUACAAGCAAAGAGUAAAUGUUGUCAACAAGGUUGAAGCAUUUAAGAAAAGAGUAGCACUAGAAAAAAUUUCUGAAAAGACAAAGAGAUCUAAAAUUACUGAUUACAUUGCCAAGCAAAGUAGUAGACAGGAAUUUUUGCCUCUCUUAGGUUCUUAUAUUGACAAAGCUCAUGUGGAACCCCUUCAUCUAAAGAACAAUGCUUGGCAGUACUUCUUUAAAGCAGUUUUGACAGAAGCUAUAAGAAAAUCUAAGCUGCCAGCUGAUUGUAAAAAGUUUUCAGAGGUUCCAGCUGAUAGCCCUUUUGCACAAGUAAUUACAGCUUUACAAACAGAAGUAAAAGCCAGGCGCCUUGCAAACAAGACCAAACAAUGGUUUAAUGAAACUCAAGGGUCUGGAGCUGAUUUGCAUUAUAGAUUUACCGGAAAAGAUUCCCGCUGUUUUUGUCAUAACUUCAUGAGACUAAUCAAGUGGCUAAGGUGUGAAAAAGACUCCAGUAAAGAACGUCAAACAGUUCUUGCUUUAGCUUAUUUAGGUGUGAGGCUAAGGGACUGUGUUUCUCUCUUUAGUAGAUUUGAGAUAACAUCAGACCACAUUGAUCAGCUUUCUAUUGCCUGUCAUGAGUAUUUUAAAGUAAAUUCAUUGUUGUUGCCAAGUUCUGUAAAUCCUACUGUCUGGACAUUGGGUCACAUUGUCCCGGCUCAUUGUCGUCAAGUGCUUGAAAAGUAUGGCCAGGGGUUGGGGUUGGUAACCAUGGAAGGACGAGAAGCGAAGCAUAUUUUUCUUAAAAAAUUAGGUGAAAAUACAACAUAUCAAAACAGAUGGGUUGAAAUAUUUAGACAUGAAUAUGUGAUGCUGAUUUGACUACCUCAGCAAGGUUUUCAGCAGCCAGAAGCUGCAUGCAAAAAUGUAGCCUACAUCCCAGAGAGGGUAUUCAAUGAUCCAUCUUAUUGCUAUUGUGGUCUGUUAAAGGCAUGUCCUGAGGAUGCUAAGUGCUGUGUCUGUGGAGACCCAAUCAUGAAAUUUAUUGAGCAAAGUGUAAAGGACGGAAGGAUUGCUCCACAGCUUUUGUAAUUAAUGUUAAAUCUGUACACAGUUGGACUCAAAAACACUGCUGACUUGAGAUUAUAUAUUAUAUUACAUUACAUAGUUUAUAUCAUACCAUACAAUAUAAUAUAUUAUAUCAUAUUAUAUUCAAUUAUAUUACAUUAGCAGCAGUAAGGAACUUUAAGAUAGUGUUAGAAUAUAAAAUCCAGUUUGAUCACC